GGAGGAUGAGUGAGAGGAGACAAAAUGGCAGUAGAGAUAGCAAUGGUAAGCAUUGGAGCAAUAUUCCUGCUUGUAUUGCUCUUGUUGGUGCUGAUCACUAGUCAAAGAGACACUCUUAUUCAAGGAAAGGAUGAAAAAGGAGUUAAAUCUGGACUUCUGCAGCAUCUAUAUCAGUAUCUUCACAGUUCUUCAAAACUGUCCCUCCCUGGCCCCCCCAGUCACUUCCUUAUUGGCAACAUGAUGGAGCUAACAAACGAUCACAUACCGAUUCACCUGACCAAUCUGGCACAACGCUAUGGAAGCAUUUACCGCCUCAAAUGUGGAAAAACAACCAUGGUGGUGCUUAACAGCUGUGAAGUCAUCAAAGAAGCAUUGGUGAAGAAAUGGUCUGACUUUGCGGGGCGACCGAUUUCCUACACAGGUAAUAUUGUAUCUGGAGGAGGACGCAACAUCUCUCUGGGAGAUUAUACUGAGGAGUGGAGGGCACACCGGCGUCUCGUCCAUAGUGCCCUACAGCGCUGCUGCCAGCAGUCUUUACAUGGGGUCAUUGAGAGACAGGCCCUGCAUCUGAGAAAGGUACUGAUGGACUAUCAAGAGAGUGCUGUUGACCUCUCAGAAGAUUUUACUGUGGCUGCCAGUAACGUCAUCACCACUUUAACUUUUGGAAAAGAAUAUGAUAAGACCACAUCAGAGCUGCAGGAGCUGCACAGCUGUCUAAAUGACAUUGUUGCCCUGUGGGGCUCCUCCUGGAUUUCAGCCCUGGAUUCCUUUCCACUGCUGAGAAAAAUGCCAAAUCCUGUGUUUGCUCGUCUUCUCAAAGAGGUGGCCAGGAGGGAUGCAAUCAUAAAACAGCAUCUUAACAAUUACAAGUCACAAAACAAAAUAAAUGAAGACACUAUAACAGGAUUCCUCCUCCAAGGCCUUGACAAACAUCAAAGCACGGAACAUGGAGAGCUCCUGACUGAUGUUCAUGUCCACAUGGCGACUGUAGACCUUCUCAUUGGGGGAACAGAGACCACAGCAGCCUGGCUCAACUGGACUGUGGCCUUCCUGCUGCACAGACCAGAGGUGCAGGCCAACGUAUAUGAGGAGCUGCGCACAGUUUUAGAGGGACGGUAUCCAAGAUACAGUGACAGACAUAGACUUCCUGUGCUGUCCUCUCUUAUCAACGAGAUGCUCAGACUCAGGCCGGUUGCUCCUUUAGCCAUCCCACACAGGGCCAUCAGGGACAGCAGCAUUGCAGGUUAUUUCAUCCCGAAGAACACAGUCAUCAUUCCUAAUCUAUUUGGAGCUCAUCACGAUCCAGCAGUUUGGCCCGAGCCGUACAGCUUCAAACCAGAGCGAUUUCUGGAGGGAGGAGGUGGCUCCACUCGCCUCCUGAUGCCUUUUGGAGGGGGCGCUCGACUCUGCCUGGGGGAGACUGUCGCCAAAAUUGAGCUAUUUCUGUUUACUGCUUACUUGCUGAGAGAUUUCCAGUUCGUCCUUCCUCAGAGCGAAGGUUCCCUGCCUGACCUCAGGGGGGUUGCCAGUGUUGUGCUUAAGGUCAAGGCCUACAAAGUCAUUGCGCGUCCCAGGCCUUAAACUAGUCCUUGGGCAGUAUGUGAACAAGUUGUAUCGCUGUAAAUGUUUUUCUUUGUUGCACUUCAGUUGAAGUUCUUUAACAAAUUCAACAUGUGGAUCCAACUUCUGGAAUCAACUGAACGGGCAAAAAUGUCCAACCUUAACUUCUGUGUAGCAAUGCACAGUGAUCCAUGUGCAUGUAAUUAUGUACGGGCUACUUUAAUUUUGUAACAAUGGUAGCACCACCCAGUGGACAAGCACUGCACAUGCGUGUUACUAAUCUCUGUUAUUUGUGGUCCAAUGGCUGAAGAGGGAUCUAUGGGGUAAAUCCCAUAUAGACAAAGAAAAUGCUGUCAUACUUAAAAAAAAAAAUGUUUAAUAUUUUUCUGGAUUUUGUCACUAAAAUCACAAGGUUAAAAAAAGAGGAACAUUUAAAGGAACAUAGAAAAACAAAUCCAUACAGCCAAAUAAUCUAUCAUUAGUUUCCUAAGCAUUAUAAAGAUAGCAGAGAAUUAUCUUGAGUAAUCGGCCGAUUUUAGUUUCCUCUGAUGAUGGGGUACCAAUGUAAUUUCCUGAAUAUGUAUUUUGAAAAACUGUUUCCUCAGAGUAUUUCGAAAUGUUUCUAAAGCAUACUAGAAUAAAUUUUCUGAAAGAAGGA